AUGUAUAAUUAUCCCCAAAAUAAUAAAUCGAGUGUUGAGAAUAAAAAAAAGGAAAAAGGUAAAGACAACAUAUAUUACACUAACGAUAAUCAUAAAUCUAUGGUUAUCAACAAUUUCCAAAGUGAUGGAAAUAAACGAAACAAGGAAAUGAAUAAUGAAACAAUAUAUGAUUAUAAUAAAAAAUAUAUUAAUAACAAAAGCAAAGAAAACCGAGAUAUAAAUAGAGGUAGAGAAAUAGAACGAACGAAUAUGAUAAAUCGAAAAGUUUUUAAUAAUAUUAGUAAUUUAAAAAAGAAAAUCCAUUAUGACAAGCCAAAUGCCAAUAAUACUGGUAGCAUUAAUAAUAACAAAACAGGUACUGGAAAUGAAUAUGGGAUAUCCCAAAAAAAUACAACCUUAAAUGAUAAUACUAAAAAAAAUUUUGAUAAUAUUAAUAUAGGAAAAGAUAAAUCUAAAUUUCGAAAAAUAUAUCAGUAUAAUGAAGAUAAUAAUAAAAAUGGUGAUAAUGUAAAUAGUGGUGGUGUUAUUUCAAAUAAUAAUUAUGCUUAUAAUGAUAUGGGCAACCCUAAUGAAAUAGGAAAUAAUAGAGACAAAAUUAGGAGACCUCAUAGAUAUUUUAAUGACCCUAAACCGAUGGGGAAUAAUAAUAUUAACAAUAUAGGGAAAAGUAAAAAAGGGAAUAGUAACAUUAAUUGUGAAUCCACAAUGAAUCCCCAAAAUUACGAAUACAAUAAAAGAAAUAAUAAUGAAACAUAUGAAAAUAUGAAACAAAGAAGUGCAAUAUAUGGACCGGGAGCUGACAAUAAUAACCCGGGUAUUAAUACUACUAAUAAUAUAAAUAAUAACGUAAAUAGUAAUAUAAAUGGUAAUAAUAACAAUUUUAAUUAUUCAAAAUUAAAUAGAAAUUAUAAAAAUAAGUAUGAACAAUAUCAUGGUGAGAUGCGUGAUCAUAAUCCCAAUAAAAUGGGACCAACUGGUGUAGGUGAAUCUUCUGAAAAUAGAGGGGGAGCAAUGUUGUAUUUACAAAGAGAUAAAAUGUAUCAUAGAAAUGUAGGUGAAUUAAAAAAUAAUGUAAACAAUAAAGAUAAUUUCAAUAGUGAUGGUACAGAACCAAAUGAUGGUUUAAUAAACGAAGAAGUAUUUUUAGAAAAUAAAAAUAAAAUGAAUGAUACAAAUAAUAAUAAUAAUAAUAUUAAUGGAAUUGGAAAGUAUAGCGGGGAGACGUUAGAAGAGGAAAGAAAUUUAAAUAAUAAUGUAAACAUUAAACGGGGCAUAUACCCAAAUUAUAAUGGACCUAAAAACGACGUAAAUAAUGCACCUAAUAAAAAUGGUGUCGAUAAAGAUGGAAAUCGAAAAAAAGAAUAUCACACAUUUUCAUUCAGUACUAUUGAUUCAAAUUGUUCUAAUAAAAAUAUAUUAGAAAAGAAAAUGGCAAAAAGAUUUUUAGGUGAGCAUUUAAUUGGUGGACCAGAAAAUUGUAAAGAAAAUAUGAAUGACGAAAAAAAAAAAAAUAUGGGAACUAAUGAAAAUAAACAUGAAGAAGAAAUGUACAUAGGACAGCAAAAUAAUGGAGGUGUCAAUAAUGUUAAUUGUGUGAAUGAUAAUGAUGGUAAUAGAUUGGGAGAAUAUAAUAAACAUUUUAGUGAGUAUAAUGAAAAUGCAGGUAAUAAUAAUAUUGGGGGUAAUGAUGAUAAUAUGGGUAAUAAAAAUUUUGGUGAAAAUCCAAAAAAUAGUAGUAUGAAUAGAAAUGGUUAUAUGUUUAAAGAAAAUGUAAAUAAUAACAGAACAAAUAAAAGCGCUAAUUAUGUAGAUAUAGAUCAUAAAAAUAAUAGUAAUUUUAAAAAUUAUGAUUAUAAUAAUGGAGGUGAUAAUAUUACACCUGAUUUUGAUAAACAUCAACCAAAUAUGGGAUAUGUAAAUGAAAAUAAAAUACAAAAAGGUAAUCAUAAUUUAAUGCACAACAAUAACCGAAAUAUGAAACGACCUAAUAUAAAAAAUAUUAAUCAAUAUAAUGCACCAAAAUAUGAUGAUAGAAAAGAAAUUCGUAAAUUUUCUAAAAAUAUAGACAUGAAACAUAUAAAUAAAAAUGGCAUCAAUUAUAAUAAUGGUAUGAAUGAUGAUGAAUACCGUGGAUAUCGUUUAUCAGAUUCAUAUGAUAAUAUAAAUGAUGAUAUAGAUAUGGAUCAAAAUGAAUAUAAUAUAAGAGGCGAAAAAAUUUAUUACAAUAAUAAUAUGAAUUAUAAAUAUAAUCAAGAACGAAAUAUUAAAAGAAAUUGUUAUGAGCCUAUUGAUAAUUAUAAAAAUAGUUAUUUGCCAAAUAAUCAUAAAAAAUACCUCCCUGAAUUUUAUGAUAAUAUGAACAAUACACCUGAAAGGGGUCUUUAUGAUGACUAUAGAAAUGAUGAGUAUAUACGAUAUAAUGGUGUAGGAAAGCAAGAUGAUAUGCGAAAAUACAGGAGAAGCCAUUCAUAUGAUUCCUUGAACGCAAACAAAGACGCACUUACAAUUAUAAGACUGCCAGCAGAAAAAAAAAAACAAGUAAAAAAAAAAAAAAAAAGUAUUGUAGGAAAUGAGGCAUCAUUAGUUGAAAUGUAUAGUACAGCAAUUCCUAUAAAUGAAAGAUUAGAUCCUUAUGCUUUAAAAGCAUUAUCAAAAAAUGAAAAUUUAAGAGAAAAAGUUUAUGCAUUAAUACCUAAAUCAGUAGUUGAAAUAACUGAGCAUGAUGAUAUUACUCAUGUGACUUUACAGUCACCAUCAUCUCUUUUUGUUAAUCAAAACAAAAAUAUAAAACAUCACAUUAUAACUACACAUUUUAAUCAGAGCCCUGCUGAUGUUCCUAGUAUUGCUACAUGUGCUAUUGCAGGAUCAACAGAUUCAAUUAAAGAAUCGUUGGAAAAAUCAAAAGAUUCAUUAAGUAGCGAUGAAAACGAUAAAAAUCUAAAAUCGAUAAUAAGAGGAAUUUCUAUGAGAAACAAAACUGGAUCAUCCUUGAAUGUAAAAUUUAAAUUGUCUCAAAAUGAUUAUGAUAAUAAAUCUGUAAAUAAAAAUGAGAAUAAUAAUUCGGAUGACCAUAAAUAUAAUAAUGAAGAUUGUUAUACCGAAUUAAAUAAAAAAAUAGAGAAUCAUAUAUUAUCAGAAGAAUUAAAAAAUUUAAAAAUUGAUAAACAAAUAACAGAACGAAAAAGGGCAUCUAUAUUUGAUGAAACUAAAAUAAAAACAAAGUCAGAAAAAAAAAAUGACGUAAAUAAUAAAAUGGUUUUAGAUUCGAGUAAGGUUAAAAAUGCGACUGAAAUAAAAUUAAAAAAAAUUCAAUAUGUAACAGGAUUAUUAGAAAAGUACAAUAUUCCUAAUCCAUUUGAUAAGUACGUUAAGGAACCCAUUGAUUAUUCUCAAUUAGAGGGUCAAACAAAUAACGCUAAAUUGUUCAAUCUAGCUUUGAGGGUGUCAGAUAACUACUUCAAAUAUAUUAUGAGAAGCAUGGAGCAAGCAGAAAUUAAGGAAGUUUUUAAUGAAAAAAGAAAAAAAAUGAUUUUAAAAUUAAUUGCUUUAUUAGGAGGGCAAAUACACUCAGAGAUAAAAAAAAAUUUUGCUCACGAAAAUGUUCCAUUUCCACUGAAAGAAACAAAAUUGAAAAAAGAAGAAAACGAAAAACCGAAAAUCAGCGCAAAAGAAAAAGAAAUAAAAAUUGAGGAGCACAAUCUUAUGUGCAAAUACUGGAAAAAGCAAAGUGAAUGUAUGAGUUUGUUAAUAAAUGAAUGGAAUAAAAUAUCUGAAAUUUUAGAAUCCAUAAAUGUUGAUCCUAAUAAUAUGAUAAAUUCACUCAUAUCCAUAUAUGGAGAACAAACAGUUAAUAGUUUUAAUUUAAGUAUCGGGGAAAUAACAAAUUCGAAUAUCGAAUUAGAUGUAAAUAUUGAUGAUAUUCCAAUACCAGAUAUUGGAGAUAAUAAUGAAAAUAAAUUUGACCCAUCUAAUAUGACUAUAAUGAAUUUAAUUCAGGAUAUGAAAUGGGAUAUGGAUAUUGAAUAUUCCUUGAAUCAAAUAAGAGAGGAGUGGGAAACUGAAAAUUUGCAAACCAAAAGGCUGGUUCAAAAGAAGGUUAUUGAAGGUAUAAAACAUCGAAUCGGUUUGCUAGACUAUUUAAACAAGGCAGAAAUGAAUUUAAAUGCAUUUUCUAAAAUAAUUGAAGAAAGAUUAAUAUCAAAUGAUGAUGUAAAAAGCCAAUUAAGGUCUAUGCAAAAUGUAAGUGAGAAUAUGAUGCUUUCCAAAUUAUUAGAAAAUAUAGAAUGUAAUACUUUGGAUAUAAAUCCAGAUUCUUUUAAAACCCCAACAUCAUUUUUUGUCUCUCAUCAUUUACCUAUGACGAUUAUGCAAAAUAAUAAUAAAUCGAAUACAGAUGAAACACAAGAGAAUCAUCAAAAUAACACAAACAGUGAUCUAAGCAGUAAUAAUAGUAUUAAUAAUUAUAAUAGUAACAAUGAAGAUGAUAAUAAUACAAGAAAUUAUGAUUCUCUAGAUAAUGAAAGUAUUAAUGAAUAA